UAUGGUAGGGUAGGAUGUUAGGUUAGGAAAUAGGAAAUCAUUGAAAUCGAGUGUAAAAGGGAAUACAUUAUUUUAUAUUGUUAAUUUUUAUUAUUUUAUUUAAAUAUCUAACAAAUAAAGCGAAAUGAAACCUACGUUGCAAAUUUCCCAAUAUCUUAUUGAAAAACUUUCUAGGAUAACUGAACCAAAAUUCGCAAAAUUGUAUGGAGUUUUCUUCGAUAACAUGACUAUUCUUUUGGCAGUGCAAAUGGAUAGUAUGCUCGUAAAUGAUUUAGAGUAUUGUCUGCCUACAGAAUUUGAUUUAUAUGGAAUUGUUGAAAUUAGUAAUAAAAAAAUAAACCAGAGUGAAAUAGUGAAAAAAUUGCAACAAGAAGUAGAUGUUACAGAUAAUCCAAUAUUUUUAUCUUGUGGCGUGGAAAACAUAAAUGAAAUUACUGCAUAUAUCUUAAUUCAUGGACAGUUACAGGAAACAUCAUUCAAAGUCGUUUCAGAGAAAGAAAUUUAUGAACACCUAAUGUAUGUCCGCUUAACAGGAACUCUUCCAAUUACAUGUAAUGCAGAGAGGUCCAGUUAUGAUGAGGCAAUUCUAGAUUUGAGAAAUACAGUAACUUCUGGAAAGUUGGCUUUCAAUAUUGUAGGAUCUCCAAUUUAUUUGCUCGGCAAUGAAACUGAAACAGGAAACUCAAAUGGUGAACCUACCUUUUCUGAUAUUUUCAAACAUUCUAAUGAGAUUAAUGCAUGUGAAAGGAAAAAAAAUAAUUGGUCUUCACCUUAUAUAAUCAAUAUGAAAAUAAUGAAAAAAGUCUCAAAGGAUAAUACAUUGAGUGGUGAUAAAGAGCAGCACGCCCCAAUUUGUUUUUUGACUAAAAAACAAAAAAAAACUGCUUUCAUUCCUGUUAAAAUUGACGUAUUAUCUCUUAUAAGCAAGCAGACAAGCUUGAUAAGAUUGUAUGCUAUUCUUGUUGAAAGCAUUUUGAAAAAUCUAAAAGCAUACCACUUGACACUUUUGAAGAAUCUAACAGAGAAAGAUGCCCUUGUGGUGCCUGAAUGUUAUCAUUUUUAUCCAAUAAAUUGUGGACAUUUCAUAUCUGUUUGGAUGCCAACAGGAGUGGACCAAGGAAAAUUUGAACCAAGCAGAAGGGCUCUACACAAACAGUUCCUCCUCCCAAUGCAGAGACCAUUAUUCAGGAGAGAAAAUCGGUAUUCAUUCCAGAAUUCAGCACUUGAAGAUGGACCUUUAGUUAACCCUCAUGAAGUAUUGAAAAAUACUAACAACGAUGGUAAAGUAGCUCUUGUCAAAGGAAAGUAUAGCUACUAUCAUUAUAAUCAGAAUAACAUUAAUGACAGUGGUUGGGGUUGUGCCUAUCGCUCCUUACAAACCCUAGCAUCUUGGUUUAAAUGGCAGGGUUAUGUAGAUAGGGAAGUUCCAACUUUUGAGGAGAUUCAGAAGUGUCUUGUAGAUAUUGGAGAUAAACCAGUCAGUUUUAUUGGUUCGAGGCAAUGGAUUGGAUCUAUGGAAGUGAAUUUUGUGCUGAAUUCUUUAUUAGGAGUGACUUGUAGGAUUAUAAAUGUUAGUAACGGUUUAGAAAUGGCUUAUGAAGGUCCUCAACUCGUUAGACAUUUUGAAGAGUAUGGUACCCCCAUCAUGAUAGGAGGUGGAAAUCUUGCACACACAAUUUUAGGCGUUGAUUAUAAUGAAGGCACCGGUAACAUCAAGUUUUUAAUAUUAGAUCCACAUUAUGUGGGACCCGAAGAUUUGAAUGUCAUACAAACGAAAGGUUGGUGUGGAUGGAAAGGACUGGAAUUUUGGAGUAAAACAUCAUAUUACAAUAUGUGUUUACCUUUGGUGCCUACUGGCAUUUGAUUCGUCAAAAUAUGUGAUAAUCUGCGGAGUAUGGGUUUCUUAUUACAGUUUCGUCGUAAUUUUAAGUGGAUAAAAUAUAUUGUUUUUGCCUAAAAAUGAAUUCUUCAC